UCUACACAUACUUCAAAAGUACUUUAAAGUGGAUAUAGAUGGUAAAGAAGUGUUGAGCUAUUGUGACAUUGUGUUUAUGGAAAACACCUUUGAUGAGGAAUACAUUAAAAGAGAUUGUUACAAUGACACUAAUUGGAUUUUCAUAUAUUACUCUGUGACAACAUAUCUUGUAUAGAAACAAAGAUUUAUAACUGGAACUUUUCUGGAAAUUGUAUAGCUAACAAUUAAUAUGAAAAAUAAAUUUGCUACCUGUAUUUCAUUUUGGAUUAUUUUUGCUUUCACAUUUCACAUUGUGUAUUCUCAGAAUGAGGACAUUCCUGUUGGAUCAGCAUCCCUGGCUUUUGUUUUUGAUAUCACUGGAUCCAUGUAUGAUGAUCUAGUACAAGUUAUUGAGGGAGCAGAGAAAAUAAUGGCAAUGACAUUGGCUAGAACCAUCAACCCAUUGUAUAAUUAUAUACUGGUACCCUUCCAUGAUCCUGAUAUUGGUCCAGUUAUAGUUACCAGAGAUCCAGACGAAUUCAUCCAAGAAUUACAAGAUUUAUAUGUACAUGGUGGAGGAGAUUGUCCAGAGAUGAGUAUUGGUGCUAUUAAGGAGGCAUUAGAUACUGCUCUGCCCCAUUCGUAUAUCUACGUCUUCACUGAUGCACGCUCCAAAGAUCAUGUCCUCACAGAAGAUGUAUUGUCACUCAUACAACAGAAACAAAGCCAGAUUGUGUUUGUUAUGACUGGAGAUUGUGGUAAUCAUACUCAUGAUGGAUUUAUGGCUUAUGAGAAGAUUGCAUCUACUAGUUCUGGACAAGUAUUCUUACUGAAAAAGGAUCAGGUCAAUCAGGUACUUGAUUUUGUAACACUGACAGUACAAGCUCAGAAAGUAAACCUGAUGUCAGUGGAUUCUCCAAAGAAAGCUGUCAAUACAUACUUUAUUCCUGUGGAUAAUAAACUAAAGGAGCUGACAGUGUCUGUCAGUGGUGUCACACCAGAUAUAAAACUCUGGGCUCCUAGUCAAGAAAAUGAGUAUACUGAAUAUGAUGGUUUGAGAAAUUUACUUGAUUUGAAAAAGGUCAAAAUCCAGAAUGUAAGAGACCCUGUACCAGGAAAAUGGAAGUUGCAGGUAUCCAGCAACAGUUCUCAUACAGUCAGAGUUCGUGGACUGAGUUCUUCAAACUUCUUUCCAAGUUUCUCUCGUAGCACUACUCAGGACACUUCUUCAACAACAUUAAGGCCACUCAAAGGAAUAGAAUCCAGUACUAUAGUGAACACAACAGACAUAGAUCCACCUGCAGGCCUGUAUAGGAUGGAGUUUAUUGAUCUUCAGGGGAAGGUGUUAGCGGAAUAUCCAUUAAUAAGAAAUCCGUUAAUGGACAAUAUAUACACUGUUUCUCCAUUAAUUCCUCCCUAUACAUUCUUCUACAUCAAGGUGACUGGUGUAGAUGAUGAAGGGAAUACCUUACAGAGACUAACACCAACUGCCAUCAGUGCUAGAGAGGCCACUAGACCAGUGGUUUAUAUGUCUGACAUGACCAGAGGUUACUAUGAAGCAACAGCUUUCCUAACUUGUGAAGUUGUCAGUGAAGUACCUUUCUUAGUUCAAUGGUCACGAAGUGGGAAGUCACUUGGCAAUUUACAGCAGCAUAGACAUUCCAGUAAUGUAACUUUGGAGGUACCUAAUGCUACAGAGAAGUCAGAAGGACUGUACUUGUGUAAUGCUACAAAUAAAGCAGGAUGGAGAGCUACACAAACCUUUUUAGAUGUCAGUGAACCACCACCCAGCAUCACUCCACCUCAGAAUGCCUCAGUAGUACCAGGAGAGAAUGCUAUGCUUACUUGUUAUGUGUAUAGUACUGUGGACUUUAAUAUAUCAUGGUACAAAGUUGGCAGAAAUUCUAGGAUAAAAUCCAGUAAAAAGUUUAACAUUCUCAACAAUGGUUCACUCAUAGUCAGGGAUGUUAAGCCAACAGAUGAUGGAAAAUAUGUCUGUAGAGUAGGGAAUGAAGGUGGAUUUACAAAACAGAGUGUCUUCCUUAAUGUACAAGUACCCCCUGAAGUAACCGUAGAUCCAACAGAACAGAAUUUCCAAGUUGGUAGAAAAAUAUCAUUCAUGUGUGUUGCCAGUGGUAACCCUUCUCCAAGUUACUAUUGGUUACGAGAUGGUGAACUUUUGAUCCCUAACAACAGAAUAAAUAUAUCAGGGAAUGUAUUAUCGAUUGAGAAAUUGGUGAGAGAUGAUGAGGGUAGCUACCAUUGUUUAGCUAGGAAUGCGGCUGGAGAAAGUGUGGCCAUAGCUCAACUGAAUUAUAUUGAGAAACCAGAGAUUACACUUUAUGACAAAGAAUUAAUUGUAUCAGUUGGUGAUCCAGCUAUCCUAAAGUGUUCAUCCAAAGGGAUCCCACCACCUUUGAUCACCUGGAACAGGGGAGAUGUAGAGAUAACAGCUUUGUCCUAUGUUAAGUUAUCAAAAGAGGGACAGUUGACAAUCUUUGGCACACAGGAACAAGAUGCUGGCAUAUAUCGCUGUGUAGCUAGUAACAAUGCCGGCUCUACAUCUAUAACAACUCAACUAACUGUAGGAUCUGAAGCUAGAAUAACAGGACCACCUCUAAACACUGGAGCUGACAUAGGAACUAAUGCUACAUUGACAUGUAGAGCCUCUGGAAAACCACGUCCUACCAUAACAUGGCUGACAAAUGGAAAACCUGUCAAUGUUUUAGAAGAAAGAUUAAUACAGCUAGCUGGUGGAGAAUUGUUCAUACAAGGAGUCGUACCAGAAGAUGAAGGACGAUACACUUGUGUUGUCAAAAAUAUGUUUGGAACAAGAGAUCAUACUGCAUACCUUACUGUUACUGGAAUAAUGAGACCUGUGAUUGCAUACACUGUUCCAUACAUUGAUGUGAUCAAAGGAAAAAAUGUAACCUUGGACUGUGUUCUGGUACAAGGAAACCCAAAACCAACUGUUCAUUGGUUGGCCAGAGGUGAAGAGGUUAACACCAACAACCAUUUUGUGAUAGAAUCAGCCAGCAAAGUUCUGAUAACAAACAUACAGGAAGAACAUGAAGGAGACUAUACUUGUUUAGCUACUAAUGUUGCUGGUAAUUCCACAUCAGUUGUGUCCAUUAAUGUGCAAGUGCCUCCAAAGUUAAACACUGCAAGUCCAGAAAAUCAGCAAACAAAUUUUACAGUAGACCUUGGUUCUGGAGUUGUACUCCCUUGUGAAGUAGAAGGAGACCCUCUUCCUGAUAUCGUUUGGUUCAAAGAUGAAAUUCCAAUCUCUAUGACAGACCUGCACUUCUUCAUCACUCAGGAUGGAAGUUUAGAAAUAUUUAGCUCUGACACAACAGAUACUGGACAAUACAGAUGUCAAGCCUCUAAUGUUGUAGGGAAUAUAGAUAAAACUGUAUCACUCUUUGUUAGAGUUCCACCAACUAUAGAUGGUGAACAGAAUGUCGAACACACUGUACUAAAGGGUGAUACGUUGACAUUAAGUUGUACUGUCAACGGGAUACCAGAUCCUACUAUCCACUGGAGGAAAAACUUCAAGACGUUUAACCCUAAAUCGGGAAGAUUUGUUUUUGAUGAAUUUGGACUGACCAUAUCCAGAGUAAAAACAAGUGAUAAAGCAAUUUAUGAAUGUGUAGCUGACAAUGAGGCAGGGGAGACAACAAAGGUUAUAACAGUUAUUGUACACACACCUCCAACAAUUGCUAGUGGCGAUCCAUCCAAACUGACAGUUACUAAAGGUGUUUCUGUGACUCUAAACUGUGAAACGGAAGGUGAACCAAUGCCAACAGUCACAUGGAGAAAAGAUGGUCUCAUAAUAGAUGUGGAAUCUUAUAAAUAUCAGCUGACAGGGACUGGAUCCCUGACAAUACAUGAUGUAGGAGUACAAGAUGAUGGCCUUUUUAUUUGUCAGGCAGAGAAUGUGGCAGGGGAAGUCUCCAAAGAGUUUGAUUUAAAUGUUCAUGCUCCUCCAGAACUACCACAAGAUUUACCAGCUACAACAAAAGUAAUUGAAGGAGAAUCUGUGACAUUAGUAUGUCCUGCUGUUGGUACUCCUACACCUACCAUUACCUGGUAUAAAGAAAACAUACCUAUCAUAGAUCCAGUUAUCUUAUCAGACGGAUCUCUCAAUAUAUUAAUGGUAAAAUCUUCUGACGAAGGAUCAUACAGAUGUCAGGCAACAAAUAAAGCUGGAUAUGUUGAAAGAAAUGUCACACUUGAUGUACAUGUAAAGCCAAAUAUAAUAGACAGUGGUUCAAUUGGUCCAGAUAGUAGAAAUCCAAAUGUUAUACUCCAUGAUAAUAUAACCUUGACCUGUUCUGUGGAAGGAGAUCCCCUUCCUUUAAUCACAUGGUACAAAGAUGGCCAACAGAUUGAUGAUUUUUAUACUAUAUCAGAUGAUGGUUUGAUGUUGACCAUAACCAAUGCAAGGAUUAGGGAUGAUGGAAGAUUUAAAUGUGUAGCUAGAAAUGUAGCAGGAGAGACUGAUGUAACCUUUGACCUCAAUGUUCAUGUUCCACCAUAUGUUGACACCACAGCUGUAUCACCAGAUCACAUGACAACCAUACAGAAUACACCAUUGGUCAUAAAUUGUCCAAUUAGUGGUGUUCCAACACCAAAUAUCACAUGGUACAAAGAUGGUGAUAUUAUUUCUUCCAGUAGUCAUGUGACUAUUUCAACAAAUGGAAGAAGACUGACUGUGACAGAUACAAAGGUAGACGACUCUGGGAGUUACAAGUGUGUUGGAGAGAAUACAGCAGGGACUGAAGAAGAAACUUUUUUUGUAAAAGUCAAUGUUUCUCCAACUGUUGAGAAGGCAGGAGAAGUAGAAAGCACCGAAGUCAUACAUGGAAAAACUUUAAGAAUGAGAUGUCCUGCCAGUGGGAUUCCUCCUCCAAAAAUAACAUGGUUUAUAAAUAACAAAGCCAUUAGAAAUAACACAGAAAGGUUGUCCCUCUCGGAGGAUGGAUGGACGCUAGAGAUCAGUAAUAUAAAGGAAACUGAUGCCAAUAGAUAUACCUGUAAAGCUGAAAACACGGCUGGGCAGAGUGAAAAGGUUUUUGAUGUCAAUGUGUUAUUGCCUUCAAAGAUUAUCAAGGAGAGAUUAGAGAGGAACCAUAAAGUGAUAUUGAAUAACCCUUUCACUCUUGCAUGUCCUGCUCAGGGAAAUCCCCUGCCUGCUAUCACAUGGUAUAAAAAUGGGCAAGUGAUCAACUUUACUAAUAGCCAGUCAUACCUUGUCAACUCUGAGGGGAGGGAAUUAUAUAUUUUAUCUUCAAGUGAAAGAGACUCCGCUGUAUUUAGAUGUCAAGCCUCAAACAAAGCUGGGGAUGAUUACAUUGACUUCAGUAUCAAAGUUUUGUUACCUGCCAGAGUCAAUAUGACUGGAAUAGACACCAAACCAAUAGUUAUAUCUGGUGAUCCUCUGACACUGAUAUGUCCUGGUGUGGGUAUACCUAAACCUAAUAUUACUUGGUAUAAGGAUGGUAGUUUGUUGUCAGAGGAUACAGAUCACCUUUUCAUUGAUGUUGUUGAUGUUAAAGAUGCAGGCAUGUACAAGUGUGUUGUUCAAAAUGAGGCUGGACAGUCAGCGGUCAGAUUUAAUGUUAAAGUUCAAGUUCCACCUAAUAUUGACGAAAAAGGAAUCAAUAAGAAUCCUGAAGUGGUAACAGGUGACUCUCAUACACUCUUUUGUCCAGCAAGAGGUAGACCACCACCCGAUGUCAUUUGGUAUAAAAAUGAUCAAAUAAUUGACUUAAAAUCAGAUUCAAACCUUGUAUUGAAAUCUCGGGGGAGACAACUCUACUUUAAGGAAGUUCAAGUGAAGGAUGAUGGUGUAUAUAAAUGCUUGGCUGUGAAUGAAGCUGGAAGUACCGAGCAGGAAUAUCAUUUGGAUGUAUUAGUACCUCCAUCUAUUGAUGAUUCAGCUAAUAAUGACAUUACCAAAGUUGUAUCAGGUCAUUCAACCGUACUGAAUUGUCCUGCAUCUGGUACCCCUGUUCCUGUUAUUGAAUGGUAUAAAGAUGGAUGGUUAUUGGUCAACAGUAACCAUAUAUUGACAGAGAACAAUGGACGACAACUUAAGAUCAUAAAUACCACAGUGGAAGACUCAGGGAAUUAUACAUGUACAGCAACAAAUACUGCAGGGAAAACAGAACAAGAUAUGACUCUACUUGUGCUUGUUCCACCUUCCAUUGAUGAGUCCAAUGUCAUCUAUAACCCUAAAGUACGUGUGAAUCGUACUGUGCUGUUAGACUGUCCUAUAGAGGGUGUACCAUUACCUGAUGUCACAUGGUCAUUUAACAACAUCCCAUUGGUGGAGACUGAAAGGCAUCAGCUACUUCGUAAUAAUAGACAAGUAAAGAUAAGACAGGCUCAAAUCCGUGAUAGUGGCACUUAUACAUGUCAAGCAGUGAAUGAGGCAGGAAGUCUGAAUAAAAACUUCAAACUGACUGUUCAGUUGCCAUCUGCAAUAGAUAGAGGUAAUUUACAGACGGAAUUCUCCAUCAUUGAGAACCAGACAGUACAUAUAGAUUGUCCUGUGUCUGGUUUUCCUACACCUUCUAUUAUUUGGUUGAAAGACAAGAUACCAUUCUUUGACUUUCCAUAUCAAGAUUUAAAGGUGCUGAAUCAAGACCAGAGGUUAGUGGUCAGUAAUGCUAAAGUGGAGGAUGCUGGGAAAUAUACAUGCAAAGCUACCAAUGUGGCUGGAUCUGACAAACAGCAUUUCAAUCUAGAAGUGAGAGUGCCCCCUGUAAUGGAUGGACAGAGAACAGUAACAGAGUCAUCAGUCAUUGUCAGAAAUCCUGUAAACUUACAAUGUCUUGUCAAUGGUAUACCAAGACCAGAUAUCACAUGGCUGAAGGAAAAUAAACCACUAGAUCUGUCUGAAUACCCACAUAUUAGGAUAAUGACAGAAGGGCAGGUUCUUCAGUUUAUUGGUAGUCAAGUUGAUGACAAAGGAAGAUACACAUGUAGGGCAAAUAACUCAGCUGGUAUAUCAGAGAAAUACUUUGAUCUAACUGUUCUUGUUCCACCGAAAGUAAAUGGUUCUGAUUCCAUACAGAAGGAGGAAGUAACAAUAAAUCAUCAACAUGUCUUGGAUUGUCCUGCCAGUGGUGUCCCACCUCCAAAAUUAACAUGGAAAUACCGUGGGGAUGUUAUACCAGAAUAUGGUUCUCCAUCUCACAGGAUCUUAAAUAAUGGGAGACAGCUUUUGUUUAUUAAUACACAGUUGUAUGAUGCAGGAUUCUAUAGUUGUAUUAUCAGUAAUGUGGCAGGAAACACAAGUCUGGAUUUCCAGGUUGAAGUUCAAGUGCCACCUACCAUUAGAGAAGGACAAAGACAUGUUGCCAGUGUUGUUAACACAAGAGUUAGGUUGCCUUGUGAAUCAGAUGGCCUACCCAAACCAGUUGUUACAUGGGAAAAGAACGGUCAACCAUUCCCCACUACUGGAUUACGUCAUACCAUGCAGGAACAAGGAACUAUAGAAUUUGUAUCAGUCCAAUUAGAGGACGCUGGAGAUUAUACUUGUCAUGCUUCUAACCCAGCAGGGAAUGCUACAAGACAUGUUAGUCUGGCUGUACAGGUAAGGCCAAAGAUGAGAAAUCAGGAUCCAGUUGAAUUAUCUGUGGUGGUGGGACAAAGUGUAGAACUACCUUGUGAUGUAGAAGCCUAUCCUCCACCUAGGAUAAUGUGGCAGAAAGGAGCUUCCAUACUUGCAGAGUAUCCUGAGACUAUCCAGUCAUCUAAUUCUAAUUACCAGAUAAUAGAUAAUUCAACCCUGAGAAUGCUGAAGACUGAUAUAAGCGACUCAGGAAUUUACAUCUGUAUAGCUCGUAACAAUGCUGGCACAGCUAUUGGUCAGGUCAGGUUACAAGUAUCAGUGCCUCCAAAGAUAUCAUCCAGUAGGACAGUAUUCACGGUUUCUCAAGGCCGAGAUAUUGUUUUACUAUGUAAUAAUAUUGGUACUCCGGAACCAAAAAUAACAUGGGAGAAGGAUGGUAUUGAAAUAUCUAAUGCUGAUUACCAUUAUAGAGUGCUGAGAUCAGGUCAACUAGCUAUACCAUAUUCUAGACCAGAAGAUGCUGGUUCCUACACCUGUAAGGCUGUAAACAAAGCAGGAGAGGACAGUAUAAAGAUGGAGUUAGUAGUUCAAGUUCCUCCUACUAUCAACAGAAACAACAACCUACUCACAUCUACAGUUGGACGGUCAUUAAACAUACCAUGUGACACUAGUGGAAUACCACCACCAGUAAUAACAUGGUUGAAAGAUUCUAGACAGAUUAUCCCAGACAAUACAAAAUACACAGUUGAUAUCAAUGGGACACUUGCAAUUUUAGAUCUACAGGCAGGUGAUACAGGAAGUUAUACAUGUAUGGCCAGAAAUGUAGCAGGACGUGAUUUAUAUGACAGAACACUUAGAGUACAAGUUCCUCCAUCAAUUCGACAGUCACCUCUAAACAAGGAAGUUGUUUUAAAUGGAAGAUUUAUUUUGAAAUGUGGAGCCACUGGAAUCCCUGUACCUACUAUAACAUGGACAAGGAAUGGGGAACCAGUCCAAAAUAGACCAAGUUAUCAUGGAAGGAGUAGACUUAUUAUCAGGAAUGCUAUUAAACAAGAUGCUGGAAUGUACACAUGCAUUGCCAAAAAUCCAGCUGGAAUGGAUACAGCUUCAGUAUCAGUAGUUAUGAAAGUGCCACCAAGAGUUAUUGUCCCUGAUAGUAACAGAGUUGUGACAGUGGCAGAGACAGUUAUAUUAUCCUGUUCUGUAGGAGGUGACCCUCUACCAGAUAUCUAUUGGACAAAGAAUGGACGUUCAAUACAACUGGGGGAUAGGAUACAACAAUUAGCAAAUGGAUCCCUUGUCAUCUUUGACUCUACAAGUUCUGAUGCUGGUGAUUAUAAAUGUGUAGCUACAAAUGAAGCUGGGUCAUCAGAAGGAGUGGCAACACUAUCAGUCCAUGAACCACCAAAGUUUAAGAUAGAACCUACUAAUACUACUGUGAUAGAAGGAGAUGUUAUGACAAUGGACUGUGUGGCUGAAGGAGAACCCCAGCCUAUUGUAACCUGGCAAAGGGGAUGGACAGAGAUAGUCCCAGGGGGCAGAAUAGUCAUUCUUCCCAAUAAUUCUUUGAGAAUAUUAUCAGCUGAGUUGUCUGAUACAGGAUUAUAUAGAUGUAAAGCCAGUAAUUCAUUAGGGAAGACACUUAUAGAGGCAGCUUUGACAGUAAUGGUGCAUGGUCAAUAUUCUGAUUGGUCAGAUUGGAGUUCCUGUAGUAAAAGUUGUGGAACAGGAAACCAGUUAAGGACCAGAGAGUGUAACAAUCCUCCACCUACAAAUGGUGGAAGGUUUUGUCAGGGACCUUCACGAGAUACUAGGACAUGUGUAGUUACAGAAUGUCCAGUACCAGGAGAUUGGAGUGAGUGGGGUUUAUGGUCAGAAUGUUCCACUACAUGUGAUGAGGGAGUUCAGGAGAGACAUCGUGUAUGUAACAUUCCAUUAUUUGGUGGACUGCCAUGUGUUGGAGAUAGAGAUCAGGUUGUAAAGUGCAGUGUUCAACCUUGCUAUAGAAUCCCACAAAGAGGAGAAGGUAAUCUGGUUGGUUAUAUAAACAAUAUAGAUCUUACUGAAGGCAGGAUAACAGCUUUAGCCACACCUACAACUGAUGGAACUUAUAUUAAUGCUACAAUAGACAAUAUACCUCCGGAAAUAUCUGGUCAUUUUCAACACUUAAUAUCAGUACUGAAUCCAAUAUACUGGACCCUGUCACAGGAAGUAGGAGGUGCAAGUAAUGGCUUCAGAUUGACAGAUGGAAAAUAUAACAGGGAAACUCAAGUACAGUUUGCAACAGGUGAUAUAUUAAAGAUGAAUCAUUAUGUGACAGGGGUAGAUAGGAAUGGCGUUUUACAGUUUGACAUAAUAGUCAGUGGAUCUGUGCCUGAACUGCCUGUGGAUAGUGAUGUUUAUCUGUACCCAUAUACAGAAGAUUAUAUCCAGACAGGACCAACCAGCCUGUAUUCCCAUUCAUCAAGGCUGAUGAGAGUAAAUGGUCACAUGCUACCUUAUGCGUGGAAUCAUACCAUAUCAUAUGACCAGUCACAUGGUGUCAUGCCAUAUUUAGUAGAGAAACUAACUACCAAAGAUAUCAAUAUCAAAAUGGACCCAGAUAGACAACAGCUUAUGUUUACAUUUACUUCACAGAUAUCACCAGGUACACAAAGUAACCAGUGUCCUAAAGGUUUCCUAUUGAACAAUGGAGGAUCAUUCUGCACAGAUGAAGAUGAAUGUUUGAACAUACAACCAUGUUCCCAUUAUUGCCACAAUUCUCCUGCAAGUUUUUCUUGUUCAUGUAAUCCUGGUUAUUCAUUGGAGAGAGAUGGUCAUACUUGUACAGAUAUAGAUGAAUGUGAUAAUAACAAUGGAGGCUGUGACCUUGACAAUGAAUGUAUCAAUAUUGCCGGAUCAUUUAUUUGUGCGGUCAUGUGUAAAGAUGGUUACAGACGAUCUGGUGAUGGACAAAAAUGUAUUGACAAAGAUGAAUGUAGAGAGACACCAGAAGUAUGUGGACAUAACUGUCAGAAUAUACCUGGGGGUUAUACCUGUUCAUGUAGUGAUGGAUUUCAACUUAAAAGUGAUCAGAGUGGUAGAUGCACAGAUGUAAAUGAGUGUAGGACAGGCCAGUCAUCAUGUUCCCAUAUCUGUAGAAACACCAUAGGAUCCUACACAUGUGCUUGUCCAGCAGGGUUCAGACUGUAUAGGAAGUACUUGUGUGAAGAUAUAGAUGAAUGCAGAGAGAGAGCAGAUGAAUGUGGAAUAGAUCAGGAUUGUAUCAACACCAGAGGGAGCUAUCAAUGUAAGACAAGGUGUUCACUCGGCCUUCAACAGCAGACAGAUGGUUCUUGUAUAGAUAUUAAUGAAUGUUUGACAAACCAACACAGGUGUUACUCUAACCAAAGAUGUAUCAAUACUGAAGGGAGCUACUACUGUCAGUGUCAGCAUGGAUAUAGGUCUACGGGACCAGGUCAACCUUGUUUAGAUAUAGAUGAAUGUAGAGAAUUUCCAGGAGUUUGUUCAUAUCAGUGUUGGAACUCAAAUGGAGACUUUGAGUGUAUAUGUCCUCCUGGUCAGAAACAGUUGGCUGACCGAAAGUCAUGUGCUGGCUUGGAGUUCCUAGAACCCAGCCAACCGUCUGUUAGAUUUAAGAGACAAGCCUGUCCUGUAGGAAUGAGACAUGUCCCAACAUGGAAUAAAUGUAUUGAUAUGAAUGAAUGUAUGGAAGAUGUAGGUGUUUGUCAACAUAACUGUACGAAUACUGUAGGAAGUUUUCAUUGUAACUGUCCAUUAGGAUAUAAAGUAGCUAGGGAUGGUAGAAAAUGUACAGAUAUUAAUGAAUGUAUUGAACAGAACAUACAAUGUGGAGACGAAAGAAUGUGUUUUAAUCAGAGAGGAGAUUUUUCAUGCAUAGAUACUCCUUGUCCUAGAACUUACAGAAGAGACCCUCUUACCAAUCAUUGUGUGUUAGAGUGUGUGGAUUCAACCAUACCAUGUCCACCGUAUGCCAAGUUUGCUGAUGUUAUAGAAUUUCGUACAUUGGCACUACCAAGUGGAUUUUUAGCACAUCAAGAUCUAAUACGACUUACAGCAUAUGAUCAUCAAAAUGUUAAAUUGUUAUCAAACUUUACAAUCAUUGAAAACGAUCCAAAAAUAGAUUACCAUUUACGACCAGAUGGAGGGAGUGGGAUCGUAUUUACUUUACAACCAUUGGUUGAAAAGACAACAUACAAGAUAAAAGUGAGUGCCCGGUCAUAUGAUGACAAUAGAAACUCUUUAAGAUAUCAGACAACUUUUAUUAUCCAUAUAUCUGUGUCAGCUUAUCCUUAUUAAGUAUGUGUAACAGUUAAUAUGAGGAUUAUUUUAAGUUUUUGUAAACAAACAAAAGAACUUUGAAAGUAUGUUAUGGUUUUUCUAAUAUAAUACAAGCAAAUAAGUAUUAACAGCAUAUCAAAGGGGACAUAGCACUUAAUCGAUUUGAAAGUUUCAGUUCAUGUGCAAUGGUAACAUACAAGAGAAAAAUUUAGGCACACCAAAAAUUAUUUGCAUCUUUUUUUGAUGCUCAUUACAAAAGUUGUGAUAUUCUCAAUUGUAAUAAAAUUACAUUUAUAUAUAAACUGACUUAUGCAUGUUA